AAAAACUAUGGGGGACAGUGGUGUGGAACCUGUCAUACCAUCUCCAUCAACAAGUUCAAACAACCCGGUUGAAGAAUUGCAGUGCACAAUCUGUUUAUCUACGAGAUUCUCUCAAGAAUGUCGCAUCGAAGGAUGCAAUCACUCGUUUUGUUUUUCCUGCAUUUCUGAAUGGGUCUGCCAAUCUCUACGCCCUUCAUGCCCAAUGUGUCGCAAGGAUGUCGAUAAAGUGUCGUAUGAUUUUUCAGAGCAAAAACUAGGACAAAAAGAGAUUGCAAUCAAAGAAUAUCGAAGCGGGCAUAUGUCACUUACGCCUACAGAUCGAGUUCAACUUCUCAGCGAAAGGAGACUAGUUGUCAGAAAUUUAAUGCAUUCCUACAAGGUUGUAGGCUUGUUAUCAUCAGAAAUAAGCGGUAUCGAAGAAUCGAAGGAACCAGAUGAAAUCUUGAAGAAUGCAUUGAUUGAGUUAGCCGCUAUCGUAACACAGCAUAUUCAAAAGGCAGAGAUAUCACUAUCGGAUCUUAGGACGGAGCAGGCUCGAAUCAACAAGUCAAUUGUUUUCAAUACGGUUACGUUUCGUCGAAUGGUUUACACAAGCAAAGUCAAAGUAAUGUAUCCUGAUUUGAAGAAAGUUAAAAUCAAGCCAUCUGAUAUUGCCAGAGAACCGGAUCGUUUUAGAAAUGUUAUCACGAAUUUUUUGAUAGCUGAGUUCGACGCUAUACCUUUCCAAAAUCAACCAAAACUUGCCGGCCACAAAUGGAGAACAAAGUUUCUAGGUUCCUGCAUCGAUAUGCAGCAAAAACAGCGCUAUGCCGCUCAAAUUUACGAGCUUAUGCUGAGUCGUCCAUCGGGUGAUCAUUUAUUCCGGAGAGAACUCAAUGAAAUUCUAACGCCUGUUAGUGCAGUUCAUAUUCAAUUUUUGGACGAUCAUUUGGAUGCAAUUAUUGCAAUUGAAAAGUUAACAAUCGAAGAAUUCUACAACGAAGUUUACUAUGAUUCUAUAUACAAUAGUUUCUCGAGUAACUUCUUUGAUUAUAACUCUAUGGGACGUGAUGAUCCUCAAAGCCGAUUCGAAGCACUCUUCAAUCAAAUUCAUCGUGAUAUCGGAAGUACAAAUGAUUGGAUGGAUACUUAUGUGGCAGGACGUCUUCUUCGUCAAUCUUCAAAUACUGAUGGAACGGACCGUGCCACGAAUAACGAUGAUGAUAGUGAUCGUUCUGAGUCGCCAGAAGAAAGAGUUCCAACGCCAAUGCCUGACGAAGAUCCACGUGAACAAUCGUUGGCACGAGCAUACUACGAACAAAUGCUGGAAAUGCCAAAUCGGGUACCGCUGUCAAUGAGAGCCUACCACAUGAUGCGUGAUCGAGAUGUUCGUGUUCGAUAUCCAACUACAGAAGAACCGGUUCCAGUUGAGCCUGUAACAUUUGGACAAACUACUAGAACUUUACCUAUUUCACAGCAACCGACAACUUCUCGCAGUCAUAUGACGCUGAGAUCUGCAAUGAGACGUUUAGAUUCCGAUCGUCCGACAGACGAAGAGAUUCCGCCGAUUGAGAGUCGGCCCCAGACACGCCGCGAAAUCGAAAGAGAUCGACUUCUACAAAGAGUUCGGGAAUUUGAUAAUCGAUCACGAGGGCUUUCGAGUCUCUUCCGUCACCCUGCAUCGUCGGAUUAUACAAGUCGACGAUUCACUUCUGAUGGUUAUUCUGGAUUGGUUAUGCUCUCGCCACGGUUAAAUUCAACCACUACAUCAUCUACGAGUAUACCUGUUUAUCAGCCGCGAACUAUGACGAGUAAUGAUUUCGCGCAUUUAAACCGAACCAGAAGCAUUUUGGAGAGAAGACAUUUCCCACAGCCACCACGGGAGCAAAGAAUCGAAGAAGUGGAACAACUUUUCAACAGAGCUUACCAAAAUAUGCAGCAAACUCAUCAAGCAAUUCAAGAACAUGCUAGCACAAGCAAUGCACCGACACAAAUUCCUCGUCCAGCAACUCCAGCACCCGCUAUAUCUGACGAAGAAUCUCGAUCACUUGCGGAAAUUGUUGCAACCAUAAAUCAGGAGGAUGCUGAUAAUGGACUUGACUUUAUUUCGGUUGCUCAUCGAACAAGAUCCGCAAGAAGAGCAGCCGAAAACGGGCAUCCACCCGAGGGACCACCAGCCAAAAGAUCAACAAACUCUCGUCGUGAUAGACGUUAAUAUCCAAGAAAUACGCUCAUUUAAAAAAAUAAUCUUGUUCGAGUUUCUUAAACAUUAUAUCUGUAUGGAUAAAUGUACACUCGCUUCUUAAACAACCCGUUUCCUUCACUGUUUAGUUGUACCUUGUGACAUGUACAUUCAAAUGUUACUCAACCCCCGUUUUUUUUCAUUCUAUGUGUUCUGCUUUUUUCAAAAACUUUAUUAAAAUAUUUAAUGAAAUGUUAAAAUAAUA